GUGGCUGCCAGCUGGAGAUGUGAAUCCGGAGAUGGCCAGCCUGCAGCACCUCCUUCUGUUGGCCUCCCUGGUCGCGACAUCACACCAGUUUGACAUCCGCGAGUGCGAUGCCGCACUGGGCAUGGAGUCGGGCGCCAUUCCGGACUCGGCCAUCACGGUGACGUCGUCGUUUGACCUGGCCCGGGUGGGGCCGCAGCACGCCCGGCUGAACGUGGACCGGGACGGCGGCGCGUGGUGCCCGGACCGACACAUCAGCAAGGGCAUCCGAGAGUACCUGGAGGUCGACCUGACCCGGGCCCAGGUGGUCAGCGCCGUGUCCAUACAGGGCCGCUUCGGCAACGGCCGCGGCGUGGAAUUCGCCGACCAGUUCACCCUCGAGUACUGGCGGCCGGGCCUGACCGCCUGGCGCACAUACCGUCAGUGGAACGGCACGGAGGUACUGCCGGGCAACGAGAACAACUAUUUGGCGGUGCAGCGGCGGCUCGUGCCACCCAUCUUCGCCACGCGCCUGCGCCUGCUGCCCUACAGCGAGUACGCCCGCAUGGUCUGCUUGCGAGUCGAGCUGCACGGCUGCAAUAAGACAGACGGGGUCGUCUCGUACUCGGCGCCGCAGGGCGAGAGCCGCUGGCCGGGCGUCGAGCUGACCGACCGCACCUACGACGGCCUGCACGACCAGGGUCAGCUGUACGGCGGCACCGGCCAGCUCAACGACGGCACAUACGGCGGCGACAACUUCAGGCAGGACCGUGGACACGGCAGAGGGUUUGAGUGGGUGGGCUGGAGAAACUCGACGGCGGACGGAACUCUGGAGAUGAAAUUCAAAUUCGACACUGUCAGGAAUUUUUCCGAAGUCAUCAUCCAUACGAAUAAUGACCGUCAGAGAGAAAUUGAGGUGUUUUCGUUGGCGCGGGUCACCGGCUCGGUGGGCGGACGCCACUUCAACACGGAUCCCGUGACCCACUACACGCUGGGCGGCGGCGGCUUCAACGGCGCCAGGAACGUGUCGGUCAAGAUGCCACGCGUGCUGGCCCGCUACCUGCGGCUCGAGCUGCAGUUCGCCGCCGCCUGGAUCCUGGUCAGCGAGGUCACGUUCGAGUCAGCUGGAGCUCUGAACGGCUCCCGUCGUCAGCUGGAGCUCUGA